GGUGGUGGUCGUUGGUUGGAAAGACCCAUAAACCAAGCCGAACCAAAUCAAGCCAAGCCAGGAGGCUCAACCGAAUCGACGGGGACUUUGCGGAGCGACGAUUGAUGCCAGAAAACUCACGGGGAAGUGGAGACGAGAGUCUAUUUGGAACGCCAGCCAUCGACCAAGCGGUUUCAGGGAUCGGGGCCGGAUGUAUCUCGGUGCUUUGUAUGCACCCUCUCGACCUGCUCAAAGUCAAACUCCAAGUCUCCUCAAAACCUUUAUUGGCAAAUCAUAUCUCCCUACAUGCAACUACUUCUGCCCCUUCACUCGUCCAUUCGAAGUCACUUUCAAGCCUUCAUCAAAUCAUCAGAAAUGACGGCUUCUUUGGCCUUUAUCGUGGAUUGACUCCUAAUAUCGUCGGCAAUGCUGCUAGUUGGGGGUUCUAUUUUAUGUGGUAUUCGAUGAUUAAAGAUCGGAUGUCGACGGAUUCUGAGGGAAGAAAUAUUAAAUUAUCGGCCUCACAACAUCUAUUUGCAUCCGCAUCAUCAGGGAUAAUGACAGCGAUGAUAACCAAUCCGUUAUGGGUAGUCAAGACGCGAAUGUUCACGAGCCGAGCAGAAGAUUCAGGAGCAUACAAGAAUUUAUGGGAUGGUCUGGUUAGGAUCUCAAAAGAGGAAGGCCUCGGAGGGCUUUGGAAAGGCUCCGUCUUAGCCUUGAUCGGCGUCUCCAAUGGGGCAAUUCAAUUCAUGACAUACGAGGAACUGAAACGAUGGAGACAAGAUCUCAUCCGUCCCGAUCCUCAACGAUCCCUGAAUUCCACAGAAACUGAGAUCCUCCCCCUCAGUAAUCUAGAAUAUAUCCUCCUAAGUGGUGCCUCAAAGCUUUUGGCCAUCGGCAUCACCUAUCCAUACCAAGUUGUUCGCUCUCGACUCCAAAAUCAACUCUUUGUCCGUCAAUCCAAGGGCCUCAACAGCUCCACCCAGUCCGUACGACCAUCGAACUCUAUUCCGAUACCCUCACCACUCACACCCUCAACUGGUGAUGUACAUUACCGAUCGAUCGCUCAUUGUAUCCUGCAUACCUAUCGCACCGAGGGGAUCAAGGCCUUCUACAAGGGUCUUGCUGUUAAUGCGGUCAGAGUCCUUCCCGGUACUUGCGUUGCUUUCCUCGUCUACGAGAACUUAUCCAACUCCUUCAAGAAACUCGCUCAUCAAAAAAACCUCCCUUAGAUCUUUUAACCUUCCAUUUCUCUCUGUCUCUCUCCUGGCUUCGUCUUUUGUCAUCUUGUUAAUCAUCCCUUCAUCUUUAUCUUUUGUUUUGUUUUUUCUCUGCUCAACUUGUUUUUUUACUUUUAUUUUUUUUUAUUUAUCAUCAUCAUCAUCUGGUCAUUAUCAAGUUAUACUCUAAUCUUUUCAAUCAAUACAUUACAGGUAGUUUUGAUUUGAUCUUAAUCUCUAUUGAUAGUUUCUUCUACCUAGUAAUUCACUGCAAGAAAAUGUCAAAUAACUGUGUACAGUUGAGAUGUGAUAUUACAAUGGUGCCUUUCUAAUAUCACAUGUCAAUUGUACACAGUUGUCUGACUUCUUCUUGCAGAGUAAGUUCAUUCUGCAUUGGUACCUAUCAAUGCCGUACUUGGAAGGAUAUGACCAGAGGCUUACAGCCUUGAACCACUCAUCUACAUCCAAA